AUGCUAUAAAAAUCUAUUUAUUUACUGAUUGAUUAAUAUCUUUCAGACACAUGUAAGAAGGAAAUAUCUAAAAAUCUAAUUAAAAUUUUUAUUGUUUUUUAUUUAACAAAUCUUCACUAACUUACUAUGAUUUUAAACAUAUUUAAAUAGUUAUUAUAAAACUAAAACCCUAUAAUUUAUAUGGCUAAGUAGAAAAAUUGUAGAUUUUAUAUAAUAUAAAAUUAUAAGCAAUAAUAGGAAUUAUUAAACUAAAAAACUACAAAAAUAAAAAAAAAUAAUCAGAAUGAGUGUAUACUUGAAUAACUUAAUAUACUAAAUAAUAUAUAGAUAGAUAAUAUUAAUCAUAGAAAAGAGCAAAGGAAGGUAAUUGAAAUGUUAAUUAAUUUAAAAACCAAUAAAAGUACAAGAAUUAAUAGAUAAAUAAAUAAAUAACUAAAAGGUUUUGAUAUAGGAGGAAGAUAUUUAGAGUUACUUAGUAUGUCUUUCUAAUAAGAAUAAAGAGAUCUACUUUAGUAAAUAAAUAAAUUAUUUGAUAAGGGUUUAUCAAAAAUUUAAUUGAGAUAUUUGCUAACUCAUAAAUUAAAUGAAAAUAUUGAUUAACUCUUAUUUCUUCUCAUUUCUGAAUUAUUUCAAAGCAAACAAAAAAUUAAUUCUUUUUAGUUUUGA